AACAAAAGUUUCCUUAUCCCCAAAUCGAGCUGAAAUCUUCAAGAGUGUGUCUUCAUUUAUCUACUGUUCAUCAUUCUCGUUUAGGACAAGCAACGAAUGUUAAAACGGGUAGCCUGAUUAAUUAGUUUUGUUUCACUAAACGAAAACUACGUCGUUUCAGCUUAGGGUUUAUCAAUUACCAGAAUCUACCAAAUUCACAACACGAGAGACUCUCUCGAUGUCGAGACCCUAAAUCCAAUCUUCAUCUCGACCACACGACGAACCUUUGGAAGAGUUCUUCGAGUUCUCCACAAACUAAUUUGAGCUGAUUUGAUAUAUUUCUUCGAGUUCUCGAUAUGCUGAUUUGAGGUCAUUCUCGACAAGUUUCUGGGUUUAGACUAGUGUAAUCGAUGAGAUAUUGACAUUAUAUGAAGCUGAGAUUACAAUUCUGUUUUGCUUUGAACCGAAUACAUGCUGCAGUUCACAGUUUUGACAAAAAAAUGAGUGAAAUGAAUCUACCAUUUGAAGUUGGUCAAACUGUAGAAUUGAAAUCUUUUGAAUUGGGUUUUCGUGGUGCUUGGUUUCGUUGCAAGAUUCUGAAGAUAUUUCAGAAAAGGAAAGCAUUAUUCUUUGAUGUUGAGUAUAUUGAUUAUCCAGGAGAAGGGAUACAUUCAACAAAAGUAUUUCAACAACUCGAAGGCGGAAACGAGAAAUGCUUGAUGAUUCGACCUGUAUAUCCGCCACAAUGUCGUGAAAAUGAAGUCGAUGGCGGUCUAGAAGAAGCUCUUGUUGUUCAUGGUUCUUGGAAGGUUGGUGAUUUGGUUGAUUGGUGGGAAGCCUAUUGUUAUUGGUCUGGGACUGUUCUGGAAGUGAAAGAAAAUGAAUCAGUACAGAUUGAAUUGUUGGCUCCACCAUAUGGCGAAGGGAGUAGCUAUGAGGCUCAGUCUAAGGAUUUGCGACCAUCAUUGGAAUGGUCACUUGAAGAUGGUUGGACUGUACCUUUUUCUAAGGAUGGGGAAAAGAGGCAAUGUGCUAAGCUAAUGAAACAGUUAAAUGAAGAUCAAGUGAGUGAAGCUGAAUCUAUGGAAGAAGAAAAGCAGAGAGGAGCCGAACCUAAAGAAGAAGAAAAGCAGAGACCGACAGAAAAGUUGAAAAGCGAUGAAGCUCUUCAGUUGAACAUCAUGGAUUCAGAGUCUAUCGAAGCUGCUGUCUUGGACUUGGAAGAGAUGAUUGUUCGUUUCGAGUGGCUGAAAGACAUCUUAACUCCUGAUUCUUCGGAAAAAAAUUCCUGGAUAUACGAGGAUUAUCAUCCAUCCUCCUCAAGAAUGUGACAGGUAUUGAACAUAUCAAACUAAAAUCUUCUCCUCUGGGUGCAAUUUCGUACAGUCCUCAGGUGGAAUAUAUUGACUAGAAAAUGUAAAUGAGCAAAAGGCCUCAGGUGGAGAAGAUUGAAAACUGAACAUAACUCUGUUUUUGAAAAUGUCUGUUCUUUUAGAUAUUUCUGUUUCUUUGUUCCUUUGUGCUUUGGUGGUUGAUACUUUUACAGCACUUUCUCUGUAUCUUAAUGGCACAUUUAACUUUGAGCCAACUUUUUACCUGUAUUGAAUAGACAAAACUAUAUACUAUAUAGCAUGAACUUUGGAACUAA